GCAAGGCGUAGUUGGAAAAUAUACCAAUGUCGGCGAAAAAGACUCCGAUUCCUGGUGCACAAAGAGACAAGCGUUAUGUUGAAAAACUAAAAGAAAGCAACAAAUACGACGAGUACAAAAAGAAAAAGGCCGAAGCAAUGAAAAAAUUGAGGGCUAACAGAAAAGAGGAGGAAAAACUAAUGCCAAUAAGUGAAUUGGGAAAGGCGAUUUCUAUGCGCCGUGCUGCUGGCCGCGAAAGAAGCAAAAAAUAUCGACGGAAAUUAAAACAAUCAGUUAAAGACACCCAAAAAAACAUUUCGUCUUCGAACCAAAUCCGUACCAUUGGGGACGAAAUAGUAACUUAUACUACUUCUCGGCAAGGAUACAAUUAAAAUUUCUUUUUUUUUGUGAUAUUUUAUGUUUAUUUAUGUUUAAAAAAAAAAAACUACAACUGAAGUGAUGCCUUAAUUUUGCAACAACUAACAUGACUGAAAUUAAUAAAGACUUUUUUA